GCUCGCGCUGUGCUGACGAGCCGUUGCUUGUGGAAACAGCUGGUGGUUUCUGUCAGGGAGCACUCUCCGGGCUCACAGCGCCGUUAGCCGGGAUAAAAGUUCACAUUAGACCCGAAACUGACUGAGGGCGCUUUGCUUUGAGUGUCUGCCGCUGUUCCACCAGACGACGGGACAUGUCAUCCCGUGAACGCCACUUUAACCGGCAGUUGGUAAUUGACGACCUAACAGUUUGUUAGCCGCAGACCCGUGACGCUCGACGCAACCGGCGGCUAACGGCAGCUAGCAAGCUAACUUUGUUACUCCCAUUGCAACUGACGAUACAGGUGUUCUGUCACCGCCGGCAAACUGUCAGCUGUCGGCUCCCUGGCAGCGUGGGGCGAGGUUUUCUGCUUAUUUUCAGCAUGACUCAUGUUCAUUAUAAAUUCUCCUCCAAACUCAGCUACGACACGGUGGUGUUUGACGGCCCGCACAUCACGCUGAGGGAUCUGAAGAGGCAGAUUAUGGGCAGGGAGAAGCUGCGAGCCGGGGACUGCGACCUGCAGAUCACUAACGCACAGAGCAAAGAAGAGUACACAGAUGAUGAAGGUUUGAUCUCCAAAGGCUCCUCUGUCAUCAUCAGGAGAAUCCCAAUCAUCGGAGCAAAGUCCAGCUCGAGCAGCAAGAUCCGCAACGUUGAACGAUCAGAUGUCCAGCUUCCCCACGCCUUUGGAGCCUUCAAAGCAAUGGACGACCAGCACUCUUCCGGUGCCUUACCUUUUAUCUCCAAGAUGGCUAACUUGGCUGAAGCAGAUGUGUCAGAGGAGGAUAAGCUCAGCGUUGUGAUCAACCAGUCCAACUACGACUCCAUGAAUUACAACAAAAAGUUUGGUACUCAACUUCCUUCAAGCUACACCUGUUAUCGCUGUGGAAAUAUUGGACACCACAUCAGGAACUGUCCCAACAGCGGGCAGGAUAAAAACAACGAGCCUCCUGUGAGAAUAAAGAAAAGCACAGGCAUCCCUCGUUCCUUCAUGGUAGAGGUGGACGAUCCCAACAUGAAGGGAGCCAUGCUGACCAACUGUGGACGUUACGCGAUUCCUGCCAUAGACGCUGAGGCGUACGCCAUCGGCAAGAAGGAGAGGCCUCCGUUCGUUCCACAGGAGCAGCCCAAGUCAGAAGAGGAGGAGGAUCCUUUACCCGAGGAACUCCUGUGUCUGAUCUGUCAUGACCUGCUGAAUGAUGCUGUGCUCAUACCCUGCUGUGGAAACAGCUACUGUGAUGACUGUAUUCGCACCACUUUACUGGAUUCAGAGGAACACGUCUGCCCCACUUGCAGCCAAUCAGAAGUCUCACCUGACAGCCUGAUAGCCAAUAAAUUUCUCCGACAGGCUGUGGACAACUUUAAGAAAGAGCGAGGCUACACUAAAACCCGGAAAAGAGGGUGUGGGACCUCCCAGUCCCAAAAUCCAACCCUGACACUGAGCCCUGCCCCCACCCCACCCCCUCUCGCUGUGCAGAGCCAACCUCAGAAGCCUCACCUGCCAACCAGCAGCCAGCAGGACCCUCUCAUGCCCCGCUCACAGGCUGCAGACUCACCACCAUUGUCUCAAGUGUGUGUGGCUCCGCCCACAGCAACAGACCCUGCCUCUGCCCCUAAUACGCCGAGCACUUCCCUCCAGCCUACGCAAAGCCACCUGGAGAUACCUGACAGAGAGGCUGAAGAAAAGACACACGAUGACUCAGCGGCUUCUGCUGCCCCUUCUGGACCGGUUUCACCCAAAGACCCCACUGAUGCUCCAUCACAGCUGAUACCACUGGUGAACCUUACUACAGAGGCAGAGCAGCCGCAGACAGACAGCGUUAAUCUACAGCAGCCCUCCUCAGGUCCAGCCCUGAAACCCUCUGUGCCACCAACGACCUGGGAGAGCUCCUCUUCCUCCUCUCGCCCCGCUGAAAGCUGGAAUGAAACAAACACUCAGCAGCAGCAGCAGCAGCAGCGUCCUCCCCCCUCCAUUUCAUAUCCCACAGCUCCUCCACCUCUCUUUCCCUCCCCUCAUUUUCACACAUUCCUCACAGCUCAGCAACCUCUCAGUAGUUACCCACCUGGAUACCCACCUACCACGCCCGUGUGGACUCUCCCAAACCUCCAGGGUGCCCCCAUCCCUUCCCUGUGCCCCUCUACCUCUAUCCCUGCCCUCAUCCCCAAGGAGUGGUACAGGCAUCAGAGAAAGAAGAAGGAAAGGUCACCUCACAGAGGAUCUUCGCACAAAAGCUCCUCCUCUCGCAGUGAUUCAAAGUCCUGUAAGUCCAAGUCAUCUCGCUCCUACUCUCGCUCCUCAAGCAGAUCCAGAUCACGCUCCAGGUCCAAAGGCAGAUCCAGGCCCCACUCAACUUACUCCCGCCACAGACACCUCCACACCCGCUCUCAUUCCUCCCGCUCCUAUACCUAUGGUUACAAACGCUCCCCCACACCGUCCUCGUCUUCAUCAUCUAGAGCGGGUUACCAUUCCAGAUCCAAGUCACCAUCAGAUGACCACAAGAACAGCCAUCAAAGUCGGCACCACAGUAAGAAAUCAGCUUCGAGCAGCUACAGGAAGCGAGGAGAACACUCCCAUAGGGAAGCAGGAGGUUCAGGAGGAAGUGCAGCUACUUACCCGUACUCUCAGCACGCGAAUCAAGCUAGCAGCCUGGAGCUGGACAGAGAGCGAUACCUGCAGUGGAAACGGGAGUACAAAGAGUGGUGCGAUAAAUAUUUCAGCAGCUAUGUCGGCCACUUCCACCAGCUGCCACUUCCCCUUCUAAGUCUUCCUCCUCCUCCUCAGUGGGGGGAGAGAGAUGAAGGCAGAAAUCACUCCCAUUCUAACUCGGACUCUCACAACCGACUCCAAGGUAGACGCGCCGCCCGGAAUGGCCGCUCCCCUCCAUCGCAGUCAUCCAGUGACAGCCGCUCCCCUCCAUCUCAGUCUUCACGUGACCACCACUCCACGCCAUCUCAGUCAUCCAGCGACAGUCGCUCAUCUCCAUCUCAUUCGUCCAAUGACAGCCGGUCCCCUCCCUCUCAGUCGUCCAGUGAUGGACGUUCCACACCAUGUGAAGACAGAGCUCAGUCAAGGGCACUUCAGCAGAGGUGCACUGAAAAGUACAGCUGCCUGCCAGCAACACUUACAAAGGGCAGCAAGGAGGUGCAACAGCAAGAAGGAAGUAAAGACGGCCAGCAGCUAGUUGCUAAGAAUUUGGAGAAUCUCAGCACUUUAAAAAAUGAGCAGACCAGCAUAAAGAAGCAUGAGGAGCAUAGAAGAGAGAAGUCAUCAUCCCCUGACUCAACAGAUGACUGCAGAAAGUACAAGAGGAAGCUCAACACUGAACCAGAUGCCUGCAAAGAUGGCAGCCCAGCACCGGAUGAAUCCACUGCCAGCAAUGCCUUAAAAUCAGCCCAAGCACUUGUGAAACCACGUAAACAUUUGGAUAAAGACUGUGAAAGAAAAAGCAGAGAACAAAGGAAUUUGGAAUCAGAGAAAGGACGGCCAAGAGGCAAACAUUCAGACUUCAGGCAUGAUGUGGAGAGACAGCACAGAGAGAAGCCCAGGGAAGAGGCAGGCAGGGACCGACACCCUGGAGGCAGGAGAGCUUCUGACUCAGGAUCAGAGAAGAAAAGAAAAAGAAAAGGAGAGGACAUGGAGAGGAGUUCUGAUAAGGCUCAAAGCAGCAAAUGCCUGAAAACUGAAAUUGCAGAGGACCCUGAAACCAGCAAGAGUGAAUCCCCGAAUCCAUUUGAGAAAAGCAGGCCAAAACCAGAGAAGAAAAAGGAGAGGAAAACAUUGCCUUUGACAGAGACAGACAUCUGGGAGGGAGGGAUAAAGGUGAAACCACAGAAGAAGAUAAGCAUCAAUAUAAACUUGGAUGGAAAAAAGAAGGAAGAGAAAAAUGAAAAACGGGACUUGUCUUAUUUAGAGGGCCUCAUGGGAAAAACAAAAGAAGAAAGUGAGACUGCUGAUAAAGAAGAUGAUGAGAAAUUAAACAGAGGAGAGACGAACAUCGAAGGAAAUGAAAAGAAGGAAUCCAGCAGAGACAUUGAAGGUGCGUCUGAAGAAAAAACAAAACCAGACGAAAGAGAGGCACAGCAGAAAUGGGCGAAAGCUACCUUCAGAGAUGAUAUGCAAGAGAUGUUGGAGAAAAUUGCAGGAGAGAAAGAAGACACUGAAGAGAAGAAAGAGGACUUCGACUUAUGGCACAGUAUCCUCAGGGAAGUGGAGGAGAAGAAGGAGAGUAUAAACCAGUGGGAGGAAGGAGAGCUGGUGGAGGCCAGCAAAGGAGAAGAGGUGGCAAAGGACGAGAGAAGGAGCAUGUGGGGAGGAAAGGAAGGACAAGAGAUGGCAGAGUUAGUGGCAGGUACCUGGAAGGAGAGGGCAGAGGGGGAAAUCACAUGCGAGGAAAAUAGAGGAAACUUGUUUGGUGAGUCAAAGCCAAAGGAGGAGCUGAUGGAGAGACUGAGGUGGAGGAUGAGGAAAGAAGAAGAAGAUGACGCAAUGAGGUCCAAGUCACAGUGGAGCAAAAAUGAGAGCCACGAUGACAGACCAGACACCACGGUGGACGAUGGCAGCAGCUACGAGGACCAUCAGGAGAGGAAGACAGUGGUGAAAACCCUGGAGGAAUACACCCAGGACAGCACUGCAGACGGACAGGACGAACUUGUGCUCAUACAGGUCCCUCGCUCCAAAUGGGAGAAGGAAGAGUCUGAGGAAGAAGAGCGGGAUGAAGGAGAGAUCAAAGAUCAAAUAGAUGCACUUGCAAUGUUUCUGCCUCCGCCAUCCGUGUCUGUGACAGCAGAGGUGCCAACCAACAGGGAGACAGAGAGUGAAGAAAAGACAGAGAGGUCAGUGGAAAUGCAGAGAGGAAGGGACAGGGAGAAAGAGAAAAACCCCAGUUUGACCAGUUCACACAGAAGUUUGGCUCCCUCUAGUGGCAGAGACCAAACUGACCUGUCUACAGACAGAGACAGGGAGAAAAGGGUGGGGGUGGAGAGACGGAGGGAUAGAGACAGAGGGAGGGAGAGUGAGAGAUCACGGGAUAGGCAGAAAGAAAGCAAAAGAUCAAAAGAGAGAACAAGGGAGGAGGAGAGAAGGAGAGACAGGAGGAAAGAGAGGGAUUCCCCAAAGAGGAAUCACCCUUCCUCCUCUCACUCCUACUCUUAUUCGAUGUCACAUGACUCAGAGAGGAGAGACAGGCAGCGAGGGGGCGAUCUGGGUGGCUGUCCUGGCGUGAAAUCCUCAAGCAGCAGAGCUAAUGAACUGCCUGAUCAUGAUACCAACAAAUCACAUAGAGACACGUUAAUGGACUCCAAAUUUAAAGACAAAGAUCAGCCCUACUACUAUCACAUUCACCAAGAUCUAUCAGGAAACAGACCUGCAGGGACCCACCACUACCCACCUUCCCUCUCCCAUAGCCGGGGUAAGGAGAGAGACCUGCUCCCCUCCGGGUCAGAGCUCAGUAAGCCCAGAAUGAGCAGCCCUGAGUGGGAAACAGUGCAGAAUAGAUUUAGAGAUGACAGCAAGGUUGAAAAGGCAGAGUGGAAGCUGCAGCAGGUGAUAAAAGAAGUCAAAAGGGAGAGAGAAAGAGGUAGUCGACGAGAGGAUGACACCGUUGAGUUGGACAGACAGACCAGGUGGGAAGGAGGGAGAGAGCUGGAGGAAGGGGAGAGGCCCAGCAGCCGCAGCAACAGCGUCAGCUCAUCGGCAAGCCAGGAGAAUGACAGGGACGACAGGGACGACAGGAGAAAAGAAAAGAAGACGAUACAAAAGAAGCAUAAAAAGGAGAAGAGACGAGCCUCCCCGGAGCUGCUGGAGGAAGGGGAGCUGAAGAAACACAAACACAAGAAGACGGUAAAGAAAAGCAGAGAUGAAAGUGAAGAGGAGAGCAGUGGAAAGGCGGAUGGCAGGUGGAGAGAGGAGGAUGACCGCACUGAGCUCUGCUCAGUUACGUUAUCUUGAUUCUCAAAGAAAAAAAUUUAAUUUACUUGAAUGAUGUUUUUCCUUUCUGUGUCCAAAAAGUGCCUGAUUUUAUUUUUUAAACUUCAUUUUAUUUUCCUGGGAUACUGUUUUGUAUCACCUUAAGAUGUCUCACAUCAAAUAUGCAUCAUCCAAAAUGAAAGUGAACAAAUUGUGAAGGAAAAGCACUUUAAACUAUAUAAAAAUGAAUGUGAAUGAAAGCAAAUGUUGAACCUUGGGCGUCUUGAAUUAUUUAAAGUUCAAGGAAUUUGCACAUGCUCUCAACUUGCUCAGGACUAUCCGCCAACUAUGGUUUAUAUACUGACGCUGCGAUGUUACAGUGUGCGUGGAGGAAAUGUUUGACGAAAGGUCAGUCAGAAAUUUGAUUUGCCUCAGACAGAAGCACAGGAGUGCACAUACGAGGGUUAUUGAGUUUGUGAUUAAUUUGAAACAUACUGUGAAUAUUUAUGAUUUGAACCUCUGUGUUGUAAUUUGUUUUUAUUUUUAAUUCUGUAAAUGUUUAAUUUAAAAACAGCUGCUGGAUGGAUAAGAUAAUUUACCAGAGGAAAUUUUUGUUCUUCCUGUUUUGAAGGAAAUAAAAAGAAACAUCUGUAAAA